AUGAGAUCUCUUAAAAAAAAGAAGCAAGAUAUACUAUGGAAUAAAAAAUGGAGAAACCUAAUACAACAGAAGGCUAUUAAAGAAGAAAUGAAUAAACAACUUAAGGCCUCUUUAGAAAAACAGAAACAAGAAGAAGAAGAAAAGGAAUGCACAUUCAAACCUCAGACCUUAUGGAAUCAGAGUUUUAAAAAAACCAUCUCUUUUGUCGAUGAAUUUUUUGUUAAACUUAAACCAUACAUAGAACAACAGCAAGCAUAUCUAAACCAAUUAAAGGAACUGGAAUAUGAUGAUCAAAUGUUCUCACAAAAAAUUAAAGAAGAAUUGAGGGUCAUGUUAUCAAAAGCAGUUGACAAAGAAAUUAUGGAAACGAUAAUAGAAGGAUAUAAAGGUGUACGUACUAGAGGUAUAAACAAAGUAAAAAGAGAAAAACUAGAUAUACUUUCUAAAAUGAUCAAACUAGAAAGAGAAUAUAACUGUUUUAUGGCUAGAGAAAAUGUAGAUAAAAAAGAUUUAGAAGAAUGUGGAUUUGAUUGUGAUUUAGCUGCUAAAUUGAGAAACGAUAUUUUAAAAGAUUCUUUAUGUCCUAAUUCACUUCGAGAUUUUGCUAAAAUUAGACAAGAAAUAAAUCAAGUAUUAGAAGAAGAAUUAAAACUCAGGGAGAGGGAGAGUGAAAGCGCAAUGGUAAGAGAAAACAAACAUGAAAAGGGUAAUGAAAAGGGAUAUAUAAAAAGAUAUGAUGAUGAAUAUGAAGAUAAAUAUGACCAUAAAUGUGAUGGAUAUGAUAUAAACAAAAUAAAUAAUUAUCUAUACAACGAUUCACAUACUUAUAUGACAAAAGAAAAUGUUAUAAAACAAAAUAAAGAAAUUUCAAGAAAUCAUCAUAUAUCUAAGGAUGCGCAAAUAAACAACAUAGACAAGAAUCAUAUAAGUAAUACAAAUAAAGAGAAGGAAAAAUUAAAUGAAAAUAUAAAUAAUGAUAGCAGAAAAGAAAAAAUUAUUAAAGAAAAUAAUCAUAAUAAUCAUAAUAAUAUUAAUAAUAUGAAUAAUAUGAAUAAUAUGAAUAAUAGUAAUAGUAAGAAUAAACUGGAACGUACCCAUAUUGAAAAUAAAGAUUGUAAGAAAAACUCAAAUAUGAUUAAUAUCCAAAAAAAUUAUAACAAUGUUAAUGAGAAUCAAAAUACAUCAACCACAAAUAAUAUUAUAAAAUGUAAUAAGAAUGAAAAUAAAAAAGGAGAAUUUACAAAUCUUUAUAAUAUUGUUAAAAAAGAAUUCGAAAUAAAUGAUAAUUAUAAUGAAGAAAAAAGUAUUCAAAAUAAUCACAAUAAAAAUAUUUAUUUAAAUAAUAAUUAUAUGAAAAUAUUAAAAAAUGAAGAAGCUAAUAAAUAUAUAUCUUCUUUAAAAAAAGAUGUUAAUUCAUUAAAUGUUAUCAUAUUAAAUAAUAAUAAACAUUCCAAUGAAAAAAAUAGAAAUAUAUCUUCUUCUAUUCAUAAUGAAAAUGUUAAUGAAAAUAGCGAAAAUUAUGGACAUGAACAAAAAAAAAAUUAUAAUAAAAAACAUAUAUAUAAUAUUAUUAAUGAAAAAAACAACCUGAACAAUUCAGGUAAUUCUGAACAAAAAAUUAUAUAUACAAAAAAUAAAAAUAUGAUUAAAAAUUUUAAGUAUGAUAAUAUUAACGAAAGAAUGAUUGAAAAAGAUGAUGGUGUAUAUAGUAUGUAUGAAAAUUAUAAAAAUAGCAAUCCAAACAACAGAAUAAUAUAUUCUGAAGUAAAAUUAGAGAAUAAAGAUACUCGUUAUGUAGAUAAAAAUAUAUAUAAUGUAAAAAAUGGAGAUAAAUUUUAUGAUAUAUAUAGGAGAAAUAAUGACAAUGACAGUAUUAAUAAUAAUAAUAAUAAUAUAAAUGAGAAAACAUAUCAUUAUAAUAAUAAGCUUUAUAAUAUUAAGGAUGAUCAUGUCAUUUAUGAUAACAAACAAUUUUAUUAUACAAAGGACAAUUUGAAUUAUACAAAUAAAAAGACACCAUUAAUAAAUACACAAAAUACUAUUGUGAAUGUAAAUAAUAUGAGGAAAGAUUAUAAUGAUAAUAAAAAGGAUUAUAUUAACAAGCCAUUGUUAAAUAAAAUAUUUGAAAAGUUUUCUAUUCAUUAA